AUGGUUUCCACAAGACAUCAUCCCCGCGAUUUCCCAUCGCCAUCGCGUGCCAGGUCAAAGUCCCCAGAACCCUCAGCCAACGGAUUUGUCCCCAGACGAUGGGUGCACACCCCAUCAAGGGCUGUGACACUGUGGCUUCUUGUUUCGAUUCCCUUGGUCCUAUGGGAUUCGUGUUACGUGUUGUUGCGGCCGCAUUCCAUGCCAGGUCACAAGCUGCAUUCGCCUGUUUGGACUCCGUACGCACUCUACGGGACCAUUGACUACAUCUAUGGCUGGCCGGCGUUCAACGCUAGGAAUGGCUUCACCGUCGCGCAGACCGCAUUGAACCUUGUCGAAUCAGCGGCUUAUCUGUACUACCUCUUCAUCAUCUAUAAAUAUGGAACGUCAUUGACUUCCAGUGGCCGUGGGAGACAGCGCAAAACUCGCAAAGGUCUCUUGUGGAUGUUGAAGGGCGACAAAGUCGUGUCUGGGCGCACUGGAGCGACGGCGCUCCUGGUAGUCUACAGCGCCUCCGUCAUGACUUUGAGUAAAACUACCCUUUACUGGCUUAACGAGAUUUUCUCCGGGUUUGCAAAUAUUGGACACAAUGAUGCUUUCACAUUGAUUACUAUGUGGGUCAUUCCUAAUGGGCUCUGGAUUGCUUUUCCAAGCUACAAUAUAUAUACCCUGGGGAAGGAGAUCUUGGCCGCUCUUGAGACUGCCACACCCGCCUCGCGAACCAAGUCGUGA